AUGACGGGCGCCGACCCCGUCUCAGUGCAAGCACUUGAAGCCGAUUCGGACUUUUCCGACGCAGACUCUGCAAUCCAGUCCCUCGCGAGCUCAUCUGCGUCGAUCACGUCGAGCAUUCUGCGAAGUCGGGAGGAGAACGGACGCACAUAUCAUGCAUUCCGUGAAGGAAAAUAUGUCUUACCAAAUGAUGAGGGUGAAAAUGAACGUCUUGACCUCCAACAUCACCUCUAUACAUUGACCUUCGACGGCAAGCUUUUUACAUGCCCUGCAGGCCGGGACAAGCCCAUUGUGCAGGCUCUUGAUGCUGGCACCGGCACAGGAAUCUGGGCCAUGGAUUUCGCCGAUGAUCAUCCAGAAACGAAGGUUGUUGGCGUCGAUCUCAGCCCAAUCCAACCGGACUUUGUGCCUCCCAACGUUACAUUCUACAUCGAUGACAUCGAAGACCGAUGGACAUUCUCAACCGGUUUCGACUUCAUUUACUCUCGUAUGCUCACUGCGUCUAUCAAGGACUGGCCAUCAUACAUCCAGCAAUGCUACGAUAACCUGGAACCCGGCGGCUGGCUUGAGAUAUCCGAUAUUCUUCUUGACCUGAAGAGUGACGAUGGCACCGUCUCCCCUACAUCCCCUGCGGCGCAAUGGGGCAGAUAUAUGCUCGAGGCGGCAGCCAAAUUUGGCCGUCCUUUAGACAGCGCAUUAUUUUUAAAGCAACAACUAGCUGACGCAGGAUUCACGAAUGUUGUUGAGACGAUAUACAAGUGGCCCUCCAAUUCGUGGCCUAAGGACCCAAAGUUCAAGGAGCUGGGUCAGUCUACUAUUUAA